AUGCUGCCGUGCACACAAAUUUCGACUUGUGCCAAUUCAUCGGCCAAAAUGACUGAAACUUCCAAGCCUGUGACUUGGGCACCAUUAACUUUUACCAAUCUCUUCACUUUCUAUCCAUCGUCGAUACAAUUGCCGAUGCUCGAUGGCAAAGCUGGCGCGAGCAUCACACACUAUAGCGGACGCAUUGUAGAUGAGAUUCUCGAUGACAUUUUUGCCGAGCGUCGUGGUUUCUUCCCCGAAACAUCGUCGACUUGCAAAGUUCAUGACACCAUUAAGUCAGAACUGCAUGUUGACAAACGUCUAAGAUAUUGGCACGAGGUGCUCGCGAAGCGUCAGGAAAUUCAGAAACGACUGCAGAUUCAAACGGGCAAAAGUGCACAGGAGAUGCUAUUUAAUCGACGGUCAACAUUCGACAAUCGAAAUAAGGAAACUAUGGUGCGACUAUUGGACUAUGCGGAUCGCAUGAAACCUGAGAAGCUAUCGACAAAGCCGGUUAGUACGCUUGAACAAAUGAUUGAUCCCGACACUUGCAACAUCGUUGAUGGCAUUACUGAAACAUGGCCAAAGGCAGAACAGGAGAAUUUGAAGGAUGUGGAGAUUAUUGGCAUACCAAGUGUGAUACAAAAGGAGAUGAUGGGCACCAAGACUAGGCUAGAGGAACUGCCCAACAGCUGGAUGCAAUCGGAGGUGUUGCAGGAACGCAUCGAGCAGAAGUUCGAGGAGAUUCACGGUGUGCUCGAGUUUUUUCCCGAUCUAAAUACCUUGCAGGUGAAGGGCACUAAAAUUGAAAAGACUCCACUAAAGCCCACUUGCACAUUUGUUGAGGAGGAUCGACUUCUCAAAAUCAGCAGCAGCAAUCCGGUCGAAACUUCUGAGUAUGACGAGCUCUUGGAGGUUCAGGAAACACAGUCACAAACAAUAUCGAAACCUGAAAUCGAGAUAACAGAACCGGAUUCAAGUGAAGCCGUGAUACCCGAAAUAGGACUCAAAAUCAAUGGUAAGGAUUACAUUGUCGAAGAUAAGCCAUUCACUGACUGCUUUGAGAUGAUAACCAAGUUCAAUUGCGAUCCAUUUCAAAAGCGCAUCAAACACAUACUGCAGCUAACGAAUAUUGGCAAACAAACGUUGUCAUUCAACUGGCAACAGGGCGUAUACUUUUACAAUAGGCCCACGUUGCUGCUCGCCCAGGACGAUGAAUUCCUCUUCGACACGGACAGUUUCCGGUUGACACACGGCCAAAGCUACAAUUUAAUAGUGAUGUAUCAGCCGCGCAAAGUUCGCAUGGCAAUGGAACUGUGGCGUCUGCAAAGUGAUCCAAAGAUCUUCUGCAGCAAUCAGGGAUCGCUCCAGCUGCGUUUCCACGGUCGCUGCACGCCUCCACAGGAAUACAUGAAUCGAUUGAAUGAGCUGCAGGCGAUAGUCAUCAACAAGUCGAAUGCCAAGGUUAUGACUAAUAUAAUGAAUGAACAGGCUUCACUGGCACCGCUUAUUGUGCCACCUGCGACCUGUUGUGCCUACGAACGCACCUUGGAUGAGCGUGAACUGUUCAACUCGUUCAAUCCGGGCUACAAUUGUCAGCGCUUCGAUGAUCUGGAGGUGUUCAAGGCCAUGCAUAAGCAGCUAAAGAAGCCACGUGAACCGCAGUGGGAUCUCCGGCUGGACUCACUUAAAAUGCUGAUUAUGCGACUCGAAAGCGUAGACUUGCGCAAGAAAAUGUUUACCAAUUUUAUGGUUGUGCUGGAUCCACUUUUGGGUGGUGCACCCAGCUUGGAGUCUCUGGGUCAACUGGAGGUGCAAAAGCAACGUACACGCUUGAUUUAUGUGCGUGGCGCUAUUUGCAAUGGUAUCGAAGAGUGGGAGGAUCUCAUGCUAACCAUUGAGGAGUCUUUCUUCAAGUCGGAGAUGCAGCAAUACUUUAUCAAUCAAUUGGAAGAAGGUGAAGAAGAGGAGGAGGAAGGGGAAGGUGAUACCGACAUACAGGCUAAAGUUGCAGCACUUUUAGCUGGCAAGGAUAAAGAAGAUAAUAACGUAUUGGCUGAGGUCCUAAAGAGUCUACGUCACUCGAAAUUCUUUCGCGAUGCUCUCUAUAUACAAACCUAUUCGCAUCUUUGCAACAUUGCCGAAAAUAUUGUGUCGGUCAUUGAAAGCACCGAAGAUGUUCCCAAUUGAAAUAGUUAUUCAUUUUAAAUUAAUUGCUGUAAAACGAAUAUAACUAAAGAUUUAUUUUA